CUCGGCGACUCCGACUUGAUAACAUGAACGCUUCUGACACAAUCAUUGAGCCGGACUUUUCUUACUUUUGCGCAUGGUGCUAUAAGCCUCUGACAGACCUUGUUCUUCUCUCUGAGUGUGCUUGCGUGAGCGUCCCUUUAUCCGCCAAUCGAGUACACCGCUGCAUAACUACUAAUGGCAAUCAAGGUAAUCUGUUCGACAUGCUGCAGGAAUUAUCAGGAGUAUGGCUCGUCUGGCAGCGUGGUUUGUUCCAAAUACAGCCAUAACGUCAAAGGCUCUCAGGAGACUCGCGUGCUCUACAGCCUGGAAUGCUUGAUCUGUCACGACAAUUGUGAGAGGCACCUCAUUGCAAUUCAUUGUGGUCAUAUCUUCCACAGCGAAUGUCUUCGUGAUGCAGGAUCUCAAUUCGUCAACAAAUGCCCAUACUGCCAGGCAUCGGUUUCAGGCGAGCAACGCCGUGUGAAUCCAACUUAUACAGCUGCACGUAAGAUUGUCACGGCAGACGGGGAAUUGCAGACCACCAGUGAGGAUAUAUGGCAACUUAGGCGCGAAGAGAAACGCCGUCUUCUACGAUUACAGCUAGAGGGAGUUCUUGAGCAGGAGAGAGAGUUGCGGAGGGACUACCAUAUAUGGUGGACUCAAAGUCCUCAAACCAGUUCCUUGUGAAUCGAAAUCUGUUUCAUUAUCUCAAGGCCUUUAAGUUAUGUUACAAAUGUGUCAUGUGUCAUUCCAAGUGGAAGUGAGAUGGUUAAGCAAGCUGAUGAGGUGGAGUCUGAGAUCACUUCCAUCUGCCCCUCAUUGCCCGGACCGUCAAUGAUCCGAACCGUGAGCCACCCUUGCGCCACCGAUGCCCCGCCAGCGGGUCGGCAGAAACUGUGAACUUGACAUUAGGGUAC